AGCAACACGGGCGCGCUCCGCUGGCUGUGUGUCCUGGCCGCUGCGCUCGCUCACUCACACGCCGCACGUCCCGCACAUCAGCUGCUCCGAGAGGCCGACGCGUCCUGCAGGAUUUACCGCUGAACAAAGGAACCAGCCGCUCCAUCCUGAGGGGAAGGUAGGCUGCACCACCUCCGGCCGUCUCGCGUCCUCACCACCACCCGGGCAUCCGGAUCAACUGCAUCGAUUACGCGCGCGUGCGGAGGUCAGUGAUGGUCAGUGCUAGUUAGAGCCUGCAGCCAAGGAUGUCUGCUACAGAUUCGGACAACUCCAUUGACUGGCUGGCUAGUGACACCGAGGACAAUGAGAGCGAGCGAGAGUUGGACAGUUCCAGAGAGCUCAGCCAGACAGAGGCUCCUCCGUGCCCAAGCAGCCCGGCACACCUGGGUCCGUCUGACGCCAGCCGCCGCCAAGGCAGCGAGAUGAAGGGGGAGGACGGUGACUGGAGCGGGGUCAGGGAGGCCUCCAGCCGGGGAUCUUCCCCCGGCCGCACAGAGACAAUCGACAUCGCCAUUGGACUGUGUAAGACACACCAGGGUGAAAAAGCGAACGGCAGAAAUGCCCAACAAGCACUGAAGAGACCUCGCAGCUCCGCAGAAGAGGACUGCGAGGAACGGCAGCUCAUUUCCAACAUGUCGGAGAGAGACCGAAUUUUCAGCAGUAAGUGCAUGGAGCUACAAGUCUACAUUCAACCGCUGUCAUUAAUCUUGAAUGGCCUUCGUUCAGGGAGAUACAGAGAACGACUCAGCAGUUUCCAGGAGAGUGUGGCGAUGGACAGGAUUCAGAGGAUCAUGGGUGUUCUGCAGAACCCCUGCAUGGGAGAGAAAUACAUUAAUAUCAUUCUUAAAAUGGAGGAAAUGCUGAAGAGCUGGUUCCCUAACGUAAAACUCCAAGACCAACUCGCUGUCACGCAGACGGAGAAAGGCCCUCCUACCAAGAAACUGAAGCUGUCGCCAGUGAACGCCACUGCAGCCGAGAGCCCAGUCACCGUGAGCGAUCCUCCAGUCGGUGCCAAAGCCCUGAGAGUCACCGACCUCGCUCCUGGUGGAGCCUACUCCGCCAAUAACCUGAAGUGGCUCCACACGUCACCCAUCUGCCCCCCCACAGCAGAGCAGGCCCCGGCUGGCCCCAGGCACCUGCCGCCCCCCAGAGACAGAGACCUUACCCAGGUUAACGCUGUGUCCUCCAGCACAGACGCCCACACUAAGACAGACUCUGUGCCGCGGGGCCUUCCGCCUGGCAAAAUCAACGCGCCCUGCCUAGAGAGGCUCCUUAAAUCGACAGAAAGCAUCAUCACCCGCAGGGAGACACGGGGUUUGAUGGACAGCAGCUGGUCCUAGUCCACACAGAAGGCUGGGUGUCCAGCUGUGAGCACUGCGCAGCCCGGCCUUGCCUUGCCCACCUUGCCUGGAGCCAGUCGGCUUGCUCAGCCCAUUCCAGCCUUCAGGGGGAAAACGGUAGCCUUCAAAAGGGACAUCACAUUUUCCUCUUUAAUGUGGAAGGAGUGUCGACAAACACGUUGUGCUCUCUGUAUGGGAAUGUGCCCACUGUGACAUGACAAGUGUCUGCUUUAGUUCCCUUUUGUUGACUUCUCUUUUGUUUUUUUUUAUGUUUUUUUAGUUUUUCCCGUUUGCACUCUUCAAUAGCCUGUGUUAGAGUGGGAAGGAUAGAUUUCACAACGGCGGGAUCACCGAAGCUUGUAAUUUCAUGAGUGAAUUGUUCCCACCGGCUUGUAGAUGCAAUAACACAGCUUGACUAUCUGUGAAAACGCCAUUAUGCCAGAAAGGGAAAGAGCUGCAGGAGUACAUGGUGCUUGAAGGGAGUAUUUCAGAUAUCCAGACAUGUCAGUGGUCUACAUAUUGUUGUGCUGAAAACAGGGCCGAAAUGUGAUGUAAUCCCACCCACCCACCACCCACUCCACUCUUAAGUUUAUUGAUGUGACUGUUACUCAUUUGUAUACUUUAUAAAUAAGUCUUUUGGUACAACUGUUCUACCUCAGUGGGCACCACGUCAUGGUUAUUGAGUAGGAAUGUGAACGCUAGUUAUCCGCAGCAGUGAGCCCGUCAGCCAGCGAGGUUUGCCGUACGAGCCGUCCCGCUUGUACAAACAGAGGAUGCUCUCUCCAUGGGGACGCUAUUGUGGCCUGACUGGUGCCAUUGUAAAGAAUGUCAACUGCAGAUUUCGUUUUUUUAGUUUCCCAGUCGAAGGCAAACAGUGCCUGUAAUGUCAAGCUGUGCCUGUAAGCUGGUUUGAUAAAGAGAGAGAGAGAGAGAGAGAGAACCAUUCAGAUUACCUGCUCCUCUGUGGGAUGUACAAAUCAGGAAUUCUCACACUCCUGCCAUUUUCCUGUAUCGAUUUAAGUUAUUCAGAUCUUGCCAACUACUUUCUGUGGUGGAGUAGAGCGAUUUAUAAUUAUUUUGCCACAGAACUGGGCAGUAUGCUAGACCAGCAGAGAGCAACAAGGUGUUUCUCUGUGUAAAUCUUACAGAAAGGUUGUCGAUUUACCCUGAAAAGUGGCCUUUAUAGUGUGAAAUUUUAUACUUUCAAAAUAAAUGUGGUUAUAUUUGUUUGAUGCAAA